AUGCAUUUCCUCCAAGCAUUGAUUGUUGCCUCGAGCGCCGCACUCAUCGCCGCCGCACCCGCACCAGAGCCCAUCAACAUUGGUCUCGACGAUGUCAUUCUUUACGGAAAAGGUCGUUACGCCAUCGUCAAGCGAUCCGAAGUCGACGAGAUCCAAAAGAUCCGAGAGUCCGGUGUCCUCCCACCCAAGCCCACCGAGCUGGAAGAGGGCAUGUUUGUCGUCGCCGGCGGAAAGAACAAGUCCGUUGAGGGGCAGGCCGUAGCGGCCGAAAAACGUGAUGGCGAAAGGCUCAUCAUCCCCAACCCCCACCAACGCUUCCUAGGCUGGGACGUCAUCAUGAGCAGCGUCACUAAGGGAGGCCCGGAGAAGACUAGGGUCACCGUCACCUCUGGCUACUCAAUCGCCAACUCACUCGCUGUCGGCAUGAGCAGCGAGGUCAAGCUCAUCCAGGAUUUCCUCUCCGUCACAACCAAGAUUGACUACACCCAAACCUGGACCUCGGACCAAACCCAGCAGUUCUCUGCAGAGGUGCCUGCUGGAAAGUAUGGUGCCUUUGUGAGCAAUGCGUGGACAGACCGCGAGAGCGGAAACGUCUGGAAGGGCAAGAUUGGUGAGGAGGGCUCGCUGACGCCUUACCAAGCCGACUCCUUCACCUCCAAGAGCUACGGCAACCUCAACUGGGUGGAUGGCAUGAUCACCCUGUGCGUGCAGGACAAGAUGCCAAUGCCGCGCUGCAUUGGAGAGGGAACUUUGUAG